AACAGCUACGCAAUGCGUCUGCGACAGAGCGUUGAGGAAUAUCUGAAGAAUUCGACGCUUCAUGGCGCACGUUUCAUAGUGGACAAAGAUGCCAGCUGGCUGGAGCGCAUCUUUUGGGGCACCUGCCUGAUGGUGUCGUGGUAUGCCUCCUGGCUGCUCAUCAAGGCAUCUCUGGCUGCCUUUGAGAACAAUGCGAUUAGCUUUGUGGUGGAGAGCUCAUAUCGUGAUUGGGAUACCAAUUUUCCAGCUAUAAUUGUGUGUGAAUCGAAGAACAUGGAUCGCAUACAGGAAGUAGCCGAGCAAUUGUGGGGCGCCGAUCAUGACUUCACCUUGGAGGAGGUGCUCAGUGAGAUUGCCUUCUUUCGCGGUGAAUCGUACCACACGGUGCACGAGUGCAGCGGCGAGGAGUCCACAGCUGCCUGUUUCUAUAGCAAUUUCUCGUACUAUGCCCAGUUGGUGCGCAGCAGCUGUGUGGACUCCAUACACAGCUGUGAGUGGAACGACAAACCCUUCGAAUGCUGCAACUACUUCCAGCGCAUGGAAACGGAGCUGGGCAUUUGCUAUGCCAUCAAUUCAAUGCAGGCGGGCAAGUACAAAGGUCCCAAGCUCAAUAUGUUCUCCAAUCGCUUUACGGGUCCGGGCUCUUUAAAAAUGGAAUUACAUACAGAGGCAACGGUAUUCAUAUUAGGAAACGAAGAGGUGCCCACUUUGGUAACACCGAAAACAGAUUUCUUUAUCGUGGGUCCAUACAUAUCUUUUGUUCGCUAUGUGUCCAAGCGUGACAUUGAGAAUGAUGAGGAGAUCCGUCAGACGAGUGUGCAUCAGCGCAAUUGCCGCUUUCCGGAUGAGAAUAUUCUGGAUGUGCAUCGGUAUUAUAGCUAUAGCGCCUGCACCGUUCAGUGCCGCAAGGAUCGCCAGAUCGAGUUGUGCAAUUGCUCCAGUCACUUGACACCCAACUCGCCGGACUAUCAGCUGUGCAACAUGGAUGGGCUGGAGUGUUUGAAUCGCAACUACGAGGAUCUUUCGGUUAUCAUUGCCAAAUGGUCACGUCGACGCGGACGCAAGGGUCUCGUCUGCGAUUGUUUGCCCUCCUGCACCGAGGUGGACAUUACCACAGUCUUUGACAGCAAGGAUAAUAUAUAUGGACAUCAGAAUCCCGUGUCCAAAAUCGAGGUGUCGCUCAUUGAGCUGCCCACAGAGCGCUAUAAGCGCAAUUUGGUAAGAGGCAAAUUGGAUCUGGUGGUGUCCAUUGGUGGCACAACGGGUCUCUUUGUGGGCGCCAGCUUGCUAAGUUUUGUGGAGAUCAUAUACUAUAUGACCAUACGACCCUAUAUGAGUUACUCGAAUGAAAGGCGACGCCAAUUGAGACUCAGUCAGCAGAGAGCAGGCCAGUGA